AUGUUAAACCGAGUCGGACCAGUUGGUCCACCAGGACCAUCAGGUCAGAAAGGUGAACCGGGACCAAAGGGAGAUGAUGGCAUUGCUGGACUGCAGGGACAACGUGGGGCACCUGGACGUCAAGGACUUAGAGGUGAUCCAGGUCAACCGGGGAGAGAAGGACUUAAAGGAAAUGCCGGAAAUAAGGGAGAUCGAGGGUUAGUUGGAGCAAACGGACCCAAAGGCGAUCAAGGAUUUGCUGGAAUAGUAGGUUUUGAUGGAGGCCAUGGCAUUCCAGGGCGCCCUGGACCACCC